AUGACUAAUGAUAAUGAAUCGCCACAUGCGGCUCUGUCCAGUACCUUUAUCCUCACCAUUGCCCACGAAACGGGCGCCGCGGUCGCCCCCAGGAACCACCAACGCCGUUCGCGCCGCUCGACAGCCUACGGUGCCUGCCUCUGCCGCGACCGAGCCACCCCUAAGAAGCGACGAUAUAUACCUGGUGGUGCUGGGGGUGGUGGCAGGUUUGUCGACGCUGAUGAUGUCGAGACUCCCGCUCCCGCAAGGACGCCAAGCGGCGCGAGGCACCGUGCGACAAACUCUGGAACCGGCGCAAAUGCACCAUCGCCCUACCCAAAGAGAGAGCGCAGCACAAGGAUCCGAUCCACAUCGAAUCCCGCGAAUAUCGAAGACAUGAGAUUUAGCUCCGCCGCAGCCGUUGCUGCCGCUGUGGUACAGAAUGAGGGAUACAAGCCUCGCGAGGAGCGCGGCUGGGAGGAGUUCCAUCCGAACCUUGAUAUCGACGCGACAUUUAUGGUUUUCAACGCAGAGGAUGUUGAUGGCAUUGCUCCUGUACAGGCCACGCCAGUUUCCAAGGAGCCUGUGACGCCUGCUUCAACGUCAACACACCCGCCUCUGACCAUGAACGGCGUAAACCUCGACUUGGACCGCCAGCUAGCCGCUUCCUUAGGUCUUGUGCCCGGCACGACACCAAAACGUCGGGUGGGCCGCCCGCCUCGGGAUCCCCUAGCAUUUUACGCUGCCCGGGUCGCUGAAGGACUUGGCAUUCCCAAAACCCCUGCCGUCUUGCCUAUCUUUAAUCAAACACCCAAAGAGCGCCUCGAUCUCAAGAAACCACAGUACCGCAAGACGGACCGUAUCCUCCUCUUUGAGAGCAAAAAGUUCGGCCAAGCCCGUUACGUGGAUAAAUCCAUGAUGAAUAUCGGAUAUCAAGAAAGCGACGUCUACAUGCGCCCCGAGAACAGACUGAUCAAGGCUGGCGAUUCCCUCGUCGAUGACGAAGGCGAUCAGUCAGGUCCUCUCACCACGAAAGGCGGUCGUAGCGAAAUCAGCCAGUCGAUGGGAGGGCUUCUUGGCCGUGUGGAGUACGACAUGGAUGAGCAAGACGACAUGUGGCUGGUAGCUCUCAACGCCGAGCGCCGGAAGAAUGAUCUUGAGCCCAUCACGAGAGAAGUGUUCGAAAUCACCAUCACUAAGAUUGAAAAGGAAUGGCACGCUCUCGAGAAACGUAUCCCUAAGCCCAACCCCAAACCUCCCCAGACCCAUCGUCCUCGUUCUAGUUCCGCGGCCGCUGUCAACGGCGAGCCUCUAGUGGGAGAGGACCAAGAUAGCAGAUGUCUCCUCGGAAAUCACACCUUCAUGGAACCAGUAAUGGAAGUUGAGAAGGUGCCUAGGACCCGCUGGAAACUCACCUGCUACAUCUGUAACCAGAAGAUGGGCGCCUGCAUUCAAUGCGGCAACAAGUCUUGCUAUCAAGCCUUCCAUGUCACUUGCGCCAGAAGAGCAAGGUUAUAUCUUAAAAUGAAGAACAGCCAUGGCGCCCUAGCGGUUUUGGACGGCGCUACAGUUCUCAAGGCGUUUUGCGAUAAGCAUUGUCCAAGUGACUACGCCACUGAAGCCGCAGUCGCGCAGUUCACGCGGCAAGCUAAAAAGUUUUACAAGAAGAACAUGAAGGGCCUGGUGUGGGCUGACACCCAAGCAGCAGCCAGUGCACUGGCGGCUACUCAUCGCCACGCUAUCACAGAACACCCACCUGACGAGUCGCAGCUGACUGGGGCCAAGUUACUGGGGGCCGGUGGCGAUAAGAAAAAGAGCUUACCCGCAAAACCCGUCUGGAAAUUACCAUCUGGGGCCCCUAUUAUUCCACAGGCCGUCUUCGACACAGUCGAGACGUCACUACAACGCUUUACUUUCCGGAAACGAAAAGAGUUCGUGGCCGAGGCUUGCAAGUUCUGGACUUUGAAGCGAGAAUCAAGGCGGGGAGCUGCCUUGUUGAAACGACUCCAGCUUCAGAUGGAAACCUUUUCAUCAGUAGAAUUGACAAGGCGCAAUUUCGCCGCGAUGGGGCCAGGCGGCAAGGCACGCCUAGCUCGCAGGGUCCAGUUUGCCGGCACUCUUCUUCAAGAUCUCGAACGGCUCAAGAGCCUUUCUGAAGACAUUAUUCAGCGUGAGCUGGAUAAGCUGGAUGCUUGCGAGCUUGAACAAGAGUUCGUUGAUACAUGCUACUUCCCCGUUGCGGCACAUCUUGCCCCGGUUAUCGAUAAGGCCUUGUCGCUUGACAAAAACAUUUUCAAGACCGGACUUGACAAGCUUCAGAUGAGGGUAAACGAGCGUUUCUACACAACGACUCUUGACUUUGCCCGCGAUCUUUGCGAUGUGCUUCGCGAAGGCAUUAAUGCCGAACCUGACUCUACCUUUGUCUCCGGCAAGCCCGAGCAGACACCCAACGCAGUCAACGGUAAUGUAUCGAAGCAGACCUAUAACGAACCCAGGGAUCGCAAGAGACUAGGCAAGCGUAUCCUCAAGGCUGUCCAACCACAGCUAGAUAUGGCUCUCGAAGCUGAGGCCACUGUCACCUCGAAGCCCCUUGCCACCCUCGCCAAGGAAGUCAACAGCAUGCUAGAAGCGUGUGUUGAACUGCAGCAGCCCUCCAUAACGGUCUCGGGGGCAUCUUUAGACGAUAUGGACGAGGUUGAAGACGUUGUCAUGGUGGAUGCUCCCGGUUCACAAAUCACCGUCGCCAGCCAACCUGCCGUUUCUCCGGCGGCAAAAUCGCGUCGCGCUGCGGAGUCAGAUGCCAUGGACACAUCUGAGGAUGGCGACCAAAUCACUAGGAGCAAUGAGGAUGAUGCUGCGGGGAACGGUAUUGACGAUAAAGAUACGCCGCCCGCGACAAAUGGCUACAUUGCCAUCCCGAAACCAGCGCAAGCAACUCCUCCCACCCCACCCCAGUCCACUGACAGCCUUGGGAAGGAGUCGGUAGACCCGUUGACCGAAGGAGGUAUUCCAUGGUAUUUGAAGCAGUUCCACAUUGUUGGUACAAGUGCCGUAGAGCCGGAAUCAGUGGCACCUACCGAAGCACGUAGCCCGAGCGAGGAAUUGACUGAUAUUGACGACGACGAGCUUACGGAGCUGGCCAUCGAUAUAGAGGCUGACACAAUCACCGCUUCGCCAACGACCGCCCCAGUGCUUGGAAAGGCCUCUACUCCGUCCAAGACCAAAGUUGGCUCCAGUCCAAUUAGGAAACGGACUAGGGCAUCCGCCCGGAAGCGGUAG